GCGCGGCCCGUGCCACCUCCGCCCCCCGCGCCUCGCCUCCUGCCCGCCUCUCGCCGCCCUCCUCCUCCUCCGCCCGCCCGCCGCUCUGAGCAGCCCGAGAGGAAACAAAGUGCUGCGGGCGGGAGACUCGCGUCCGCCGCGCACCGCCGUCUCCGUCUCCGGGCUGCCCUGGCCUCUUCCCGCGCGCGUCUGCGAGUGUGCGUGUACACUCACAAAGGGCGUCUGGCGGGCGAUCGCGGCCCUCCCGCUUCGCUCUUUGUGCGGUAGCCCCGCCGCCGCCGCCGCCGUCGCCGCCAUCCCAGAUCCGCUCCGUCCUCACCGGCCCUGUGGUUUGUACCUUCGGUCCCGCCGCCCGCCAUGGCGACCGCGACCCCCGUGCAGCAGCGGGCGGGCAGCCGCGCCAGCGCCCCCGCCACGCCGCUCAGCCCCACGCGCCUGUCGCGCCUGCAGGAGAAAGAGGAGCUGCGGGAGCUCAAUGACCGCCUGGCGGUGUACAUCGACAAGGUGCGCAGCCUGGAGACGGAGAACAGCGCGCUGCAGCUGCAGGUGACCGAGCGCGAGGAGGUGCGCGGCCGCGAGCUCACCGGGCUCAAGGCUCUCUACGAGACCGAGCUGGCCGACGCACGCCGCGCUCUGGACGACACGGCCCGCGAGCGCGCCAAGCUACAGAUCGAGCUGGGCAAGUUCAAGGCCGAGCACGACCAGCUGCUGCUCAAUUAUGCCAAGAAGGAGUCUGAUCUCAAUGGAGCCCAGAUCAAGCUUCGAGAGUAUGAGGCGGCACUAAACUCUAAGGAUGCGGCACUGGCUACUGCCCUUGGGGACAAAAAGAGUUUAGAGGGAGACUUGGAGGAUCUGAAAGAUCAGAUUGCCCAGCUAGAAGCAUCCUUAUCUGCCGCCAAGAAGCAGUUAGCAGAUGAGACUUUACUUAAAGUGGAUCUGGAGAAUCGCUGUCAGAGCCUUACUGAGGACUUGGAGUUUCGUAAAAAUAUGUAUGAAGAGGAGAUCAAUGAGACGAGGAGGAAGCAUGAGACGCGCUUGGUGGAAGUGGAUUCUGGGCGUCAGAUUGAGUAUGAGUACAAGCUGGCCCAAGCCCUGCAUGAGAUGCGGGAGCAGCAUGACGCGCAGGUGCGACUGUACAAGGAAGAGCUGGAACAGACCUACCACGCCAAGCUUGAGAAUGCCAGACUGUCCUCAGAGAUGAACACUUCCACUGUCAACAGUGCCCGGGAAGAACUGAUGGAGAGCCGCAUGAGGAUCGAGAGCCUUUCCUCACAGCUCUCUAACCUGCAGAAAGAGUCUAGAGCAUGUUUGGAAAGGAUUCAAGAAUUGGAGGACAUGCUUGCUAAAGAGAGAGACAACUCGCGCCGCAUGCUGUCUGACAAAGAGAGAGAGAUGGCAGAGAUCCGGGACCAGAUGCAGCAGCAGCUGAAUGAUUAUGAACAGCUGCUUGACGUGAAGCUGGCCCUGGACAUGGAGAUCAGCGCCUACAGGAAACUCUUGGAAGGCGAAGAAGAGCGGUUAAAGCUCUCUCCAAGUCCUUCUUCCCGGGUGACCGUGUCCAGAGCAUCCUCCAGUCGAAGUGUGCGCACCACCAGAGGAAAGCGGAAGAGAGUUGAUGUGGAGGAGUCAGAGGCGAGCAGUAGUGUUAGCAUUUCCCACUCCGCCUCAGCCACGGGGAACGUGUGCAUCGAAGAGAUAGAUGUUGAUGGGAAGUUUAUUCGCUUGAAGAACACUUCUGAACAGGAUCAACCAAUGGGAGGCUGGGAGAUGAUCAGAAAAAUUGGAGACACAUCAGUCAGUUACAAAUAUACCUCAAGAUAUGUGCUGAAGGCCGGCCAGACUGUUACAGUAUGGGCUGCAAAUGCUGGAGUCACAGCCAGUCCUCCAACUGACCUCAUCUGGAAGAACCAGAACUCUUGGGGUACUGGUGAAGAUGUGAAGGUGAUAUUGAAGAAUUCUCAGGGAGAGGAGGUUGCUCAGAGAAGCACAGUAUUCAAAACUACCAUACCCGAAGAGGAGGAGGAGGAGGAGGAAGAGCCCAUCGGCGUGGCUGUGGAGGAGGAGCGGUUCCACCAGCAGGGAGCCCCAAGAGCAUCCAAUAAAAGCUGUGCCAUUAUGUGAACUUGUCAAGACUCGGCCGGUCUUCCUCAAGCUAGAAGCAUGGAGUCCUGUAUACAGUGCAGAGCCUUCUCAGAAGCACAUGAUAUUUUUGUAUUUCCUUUAUGUGAAUUUUUAAGCUGCGAAUCUGAUGGCCUUAAUUUCCUUUUUUGACACUGAAAGUUUUGUAAAAGAAAUCCUAUCCAUACACGUUGCAAGAUGUGAAUUAUUGACACUGAGCUAACUGUACUGUUUGGAAAGGGGCCCUCAAGUUUUUGGCAUUUUUCUUUCCUUUUUGUAUGUGUGUAUGUAAUUUUUUUUUUAAGUUCUUUUAAGAGGGGACAAGGAGGGUAAGAAAACCACUGUGUGUCCGGGCAUAAUUGAAGAUUGCUCUCCCUAGAUGGGCGGUCUGCUCUCCAUCCUUCUCUGCUCUAUAGAAAAUGGUGCUGUGCGGGAGGGGGGAAAGCAGUUUUUCAAUAUAUGAACUUUUGUAUGGAAUUUUUUUGUAAUAAGUGAUCAAGGUUACAAAUUUUUUUUUAAAUAGAAAAGAGAAGAAAAACUUUGUAAGAAGGCAAUAUUAAUCUAGUCAUCAUGUAAGCACUCUGAAUGGAGGUCCCACAGAGCUGUUGGAUGGUCAACUAUGUCUCUUAGAUUCUUGAUUCUGAGGGGAACGGGGCAGGCGGGGUGAGGGUGGGGGACGGCUUUCUCUUCAAAUGCGCUAGUUGAGUUUUUAAGAUAGUGUAACAUGCUUACAUUUCUUACCCGACAUUAACAAAUAAAACGCUGUUUUCCUAUUAA